GUUAAUUUAGAUUGUGAGUUCAUUCAGGACGGUCGAGGUUGUAUUCAGUUGUGUUGGAGCAAAUUGGAGCUGGCUUCGUUGGUGAGUGCGUCGUUCACAGGCCGGCACCCGCUCAUACGUCACGUCGUUUCUCUGUCUUACGCAUCCCAAAUGUCCUGACGUACUGCGGGCUGAAGUAAUUUUUGAAGAUAUGAAGUGCAGAAAGCUGUAUUGGUAGCGAAACACAACUGUGUCAUGUGAUUUCAUAUCAGGGCUAUACAGCCUUGAUGAUGGAGACUGAAGAACGUCGAUCGGUUAUACCACCAGACUUCACGUUGCGACGUCCCAGAAGAACGGGUCCAUUUGAUUCUGAACCGUGUGGUAGCAAGCGUUCCCCGAAUUCUGUUUUCCCUCGUGUAUGCUAUUUUGACUCGUAAGCCAGUUCCCAGAUGUUUUAACGUUGACACGUUGUUGACAGUAACUGUAAAUACAGUUUCGCCAGGACGUGUUACAAGUAGCGUAGUCAGGGAGAACGCUUGUUUUAUGCCAGGCCCCCCAUCUAGGCUAUCGCCCAAGUCCCGCAGAUUCUGUUGAAAGCGACGGCUGUGAUCAAGCACUUGGUGUUCGAUGUUACACCAAGUAGCGUCGUUUCGAUAAGAAUAGCUCGCGGCCGGCGGCGAGUCGGGUGAUUGCGUUUGGGGAGGAAGAAUUCCGCUCAACUCUCCUCUACCGUCCGUCGCUCCGUUUUUGAUAUUCUCAUUCAUGUGCAGAACAGUGCCAGAGGGCGUGUACGCAUUCAUCCACCCGAAGUUUGGUAGGGGAACUGAAAGGUGCUGCAAGUCACGGCCCGACAAGAAGGACGUUGAUGUCAAUGAUCGGAUGAACCUCUUCGCAUACCACCAGCAACUGCAUAGCGAGGAAGUUGAUCUUCACCAGAUAUCAAGAUGAUCAAAUCAAGUAUUGUUACAUUGGCGGGUCAUGUAUCAAGAUUGGGAGAAAUUCGAAAUGCGCACAGAAUUUUAGAUGAAAAAUAUGACGGGCCGAUCCCUCAUCCAGGGAGUCUUAAAAAUGUUUUGAAAUGAUUAAUACUUCAACAAGUUUAUUAUGAAUUGCCUGGAUAGCCUUGUUUACAAAGAAAUGGUUGCUGCAACACGUAGGGAUUGUUUGUGGGACAGUGAUUUUAAUUUAUCUGAUACGUAUUAAUGUAGAAUGCAGAGUCAAUUGAUGAAUUAGAAUACAGUAAUGUAGCAAAUCUUGUUAGCUACACAAAUCUUGAUAAAUGAACAGGAACAAAUGCAUUCGAGUUAUGUAUGAGCUGCGGUGUUCGUUACCUCCUUGUUUCUUCAAUGACUGUCGUUUGGUGCAAUGGUCAGUGUCCCACUGGAUUGUGUUUUCACGGAUGAUGCGACGGCUAACGGCGACUUCGCGUUCAUCAGAAAGGCAUGAAGGCUCUGGGCUUAGUGCAUAUGUUUCACAAGCGGUGGUGGACAGGAGUUAUAUUAUACCCGGUGCUGUGUAAUAGGUGAUAAGUGUAUGUGAUCGGUUUUGCUAUGGCAGCAAUGACCGUUUCCGGUGGUAUUGGUGCUGCGUUGUGCCGCUGGAAGAGGAAGAUUCUCGCGCUGCACACGGCGAACGAGGAGGAACAAGGAUUAUCAGAACCCGGCACAAGCGAUGGCAGCGUCGCUGGUACAGUGACCACCAGUUCGCCAGUCAACAAACGUAGGGUCUUCAGCGGGAGAAAAUGGCUACCCCCUCCUCUUCGGAAGCUGAGCCAAGGGAAAGUGGAGAAGGGUACCGCCUCCACCGUCCCCGACCGACCGCCUCUCAAGAAGACAAGCUCCGAUAAGCGGUUUAAGUUGCCAUCUGGAGACAUGGGCAAUAAGCAGGCGGCCCACAGUCAGUCGGAGGAGGAGGAGGAUCGUGUAGCCGCUACCCCUAUCUCCGCUGUCCCAGGGACGCCUCGCUCUGUCACCUCCAACUACCAGUCUCAGGAGAAUGGGGAGGAGGGUGAGGAGGACCUGCCACCUCUGCCACCUCCAAUGAAACCCAUCACGGAGCCCAUCUUGGUAACCUCGGGGAGCUCCUCGUCCUGCGCUGAGGAGAACCAGGGCAAGCGGUCAUCCAGCCUCUCCCUUAAAGCACUGGAAGGAGCAACGUCUGCUGACUUGGCGGAAAUAGAACAAAUCGUCAAAGAGCGAAUGGAGCAGCACACAGAAAACCAGGAGAGGCACAGUCAACUGAACCGGGCCCUGCAAUCAGCGGGUGAUAUUGCUACUAGUAUUUGCGAUGCGGAGGAAAGUAACGUCAGUGCAACUCUGGAGUCAGCAUUAGGCGGGACAUUCGAGUGUGGCGCAGAUAAGGGCGGUGGGGAUGUGGUAGUGGCAGGGGGCAGUACCACCGAUGGCAGUGACGCUUCCAUCGAAUCAACUGCAAUUCAGAAGCGAGAAUAUGUGAUCCGUGAGCUAGUGGAUACAGAAAGGGACUAUGUCAAUGACCUCCAUGAGGUCGUAGAAGGGUAUAUGGCCCUAAUGAAGGACCCUGAUUCUGAAAUUCCCGUGCCAGAAGAUUUGAGAGGAGGCAAAGACAAAAUGGUGUUUGGCAAUGUGGAAGCCAUCUAUGAGUGGCAUAGGGAUUUUUUCCUGACGGCACUGGAAAAAUGUACUGAGCAUCCAGAAAGAUUGGGUCCCUUGUUCAAACGAUAUGAACGCAAGCUUUACAUGUAUGUUGUCUACUGCCAAAACAAACCCGUCUCAGAAUUUAUUGUGUCGGAAUACAUCGACACCUAUUUUGAGGAACUGCGUUUAAAGUUGGGGCAUAGACUGCAGUUAUGUGACCUGCUGAUCAAGCCAGUUCAGCGAAUUAUGAAGUACCAGCUGCUUCUCCGCGACAUCUAUAAGUACACUGAACGAGCCAAGUUACGCAGUGAAACAGAGUCUUUGUGUCAAGCGAUGGAGGUUAUGCAAGUUGUACCAAAGGCUGCCAACGAUAUGAUGGACGUGGGCCGUUUGCGGGGUUUUGAUGGCAAGAUAACUGCACAAGGGAACUUGCUUCUUCAUGGACCACUUAUCUGCUGUGAGGAAUCAGCAGGCCCUAAUUUUAAGGGCAAAGAGUUUCAGGUUUUCCUGUUUGAGCAAAACAUUAUCUUCAGUGAGGCCGUCGGAAAGAAGACUCAGUUUACCAACCCUGUCUAUAUUCACAAAGCUCAUAUUCAGGCAAACAAGAUGAGCAUGGAAGAGAUUGUUGAUGAUAGUGAUGUAUGCAAGUUUGUGAUUCGCUCAACGGACCCACGCAAGCCAAAUCUUGGAUAUAUCUGUCAGCCGUCGUCCAAAGAAAAUGGUGACGAGUGGGUGUCCACUAUUAGAUCAAUUCUGCAGAAGCAAAAAGACUUCCUGAAGGCUAUCCAGUCACCUAUUGCGUACCAGAAGGGAGAACUCACAAAAGAGUUCUCAACCCCCGAGCUCAGUACAGUGUGGAAUCCCUUGCUCCGGAAGACCAUGUCACAACCAGCUCCCCAGACUGAGCACGAUUCUUCAGCAGACGUUGGCAGAGUGAAUGGGCGAUUGCACAAAGCUAGUACCAUUCCUUGCCCUAGCAUCACUACUACUUCGACAAUAUCUGCACUUCCUGACGCUCUCCGUUCAGUCACACCGAUACAGCACAACCAUUGCGAUGCUGGUGACAGGUCUCCAGAGCCUAACGUCAUGGGUGCAAAUGCUCAGAUGCACAGCCCCACAAAACACAGAUUGAACCUUUUCGAGGGGUUUAGAAAUACAUUGCGAUCAAAGGCUAAAAAUGAAGUGCCGGCGUGCGGUGGAAAUGAAUGUGAUUGGAACUGCAGAUCCAAUGGUUCCAGCAGUGAAGAUAAUAAGAAUUUCAUGCGGAGGUGGUCAGAAACUGGCUCACCCCACCUGGUUGAGUCCUUGGCACUACCCAUGAUGUCCUCAGGUUCUGUGGUGAAAGUAGCAGCAGACUUCCAUGCAAUUGAGGGUGAUGAACUGGCAGCAAGUAGGGGUGAGACAGUUCAAAUAAUAACAUUCUCCCCUGUGCGGGGUUACCUGGUACGUCGAGUGGGGGAUGGAGAGGAGGGUUGGUUACCAGCUCACAUUUUAUCUCAUCACCACCAUCACCAAACGGGUAGUGACGUGACUUUACCUCGUAAACCGUGGUCAUUCCGGUUUCGCAAACCAAACUUUAGUGGUGGAGGACAGAGAGGCGAAAGGCGAUCGUUUGAUGGCGUUAUGGGCUCACCUUUGUUGUCUAUGAGUAGCAGGGGGAACAAGUCACUAAUACCAGAGUGUGCUGCCCCACCUCCAGAAUUUCAGGACAGGCUGUGUGAUGUGUGUGUCCCACAUGGUGGCAAAGUGGAACUGAAGUGCAGACUUCAAUGCAGUUCUCAGUGUGAAGUGGGGGACGUAAAUGUAACGUGGAACAAGUGUACGACUGAAACCGGAGAAACAGCUGUGAUACGAAAUGGUGGAAGGCACUCGAUCAGUAUGCUGGAUGAUGGUUUUAUGAGUCUUGUUAUUGAAAACUGCCAACUAACGGAUGCUGGGGAAUACUCGUGUGUAGCCUCAAAUGAUGCAGGCAGCAGUGUGACUUCUGCAUGGCUCUGUAUAACAGGUUCAUCAUAUAAUCAGAAUAGUGCUCCUUCAGUACAACUGCUCUCUGGAUCAAGUGUGCUUGUGCAGUGGGGCGGAAUACCUGGCACGCAUCACAUUCUGGAAUGCUGUCGAAAUGACUCUGGCAUGUGGGUGACUGUAGGGGAAGGACCAAUUCAAGGCUUAUCCAAUGUUGUGGAUGGAUUGGACUGUGGUGUAAAAUAUAGUUUUAGAGUGAAUUCAGGGCCUCCAUCCACACCUGUAAUUGUUCAGUCAAGAACAAGUUGCAGCACUUGGCAGCAGGAACAGUUUCACCGGCGAUAUAUGGAGUUGGAUGAGUUGGGCCGCGGUCGGUUCUCGGUUGUGAGGCGUGCUCGAGACAGAGGAACUGCCCAAGAAGUAGCCGUGAAGCAAAUUGUGUGCAAAAGACAGUCACGUGAUGUAACGCAGGCAGAAUACACUCUGAUGGCACGGCUGCAACACAGCAAUAUUGUGAGGGCUCUUGCGCUAUUCAGCAAUGCUCCACAGCUGGGUGUCGACACCAUUGUCAUGGAACUUGUAAAUGGGCCAUUACUGUUUUCAUUCAUAUGCAAGCAGCAUGAAGAAUACAGGGAAGCAACAGUUUCCCAGUAUGUACGUCAGUUGAUAUCAGCACUGGAUUAUUUGCACUGCCAGGGUGUAGCACAUCUUGAUGUAAAGCCAGAAAAUGUUAUGGUCGAUUUAUCAGGUAGCAGUUCUGUGCUCAAAUUGGUUGAUUUGGGGGAUGCUGUGAAUGUAAUCAGGAAUUUGGAAGUCCUUCCACCCUCAAAUCUUGAGUUUGCUGCUCCUGAGAUGGUACUUGGGCAGCCUCUUGGCUGUCAGACAGACAUGUGGAGUGUGGGAGUGUUCCUGUAUGCCUUCCUCAGUGGUGUGUCACCUUUCUUGGAUGACUCUCUAGAAGAGACUACAGCAAAUAUACUCAAGUGUGAUUUCUGCUUUCCUGAUGAAUACUUCACCGACAUUUCAAAUGAAGGCAAGGACUUGAUUAGUGGACUGUUAGUAGCCACAUCCUCUCAGCGAAUGACAGCUCAGGCGUGUCUAGAUUCACCUUGGUUUGAAAAUGUGCAGAAAACGUGUUCCAUCCCAUCAUCCAGGCUGGUGGCGUUCAUGGAACGAAGACAGUCACUUGCUCGCCUCCUGUUCACUCCCAAUUCUGGUCACGCCUUCAACAUUUGAUUUAAUUUCUUAUAGAAUCUGAGGCAUUGUGAGAACCAUCCCUCAUUAAAUAUCCAUUAGUCUGUUAUAUUCUGGAAAGUGGCCAUUACAUUUUUACCGUAGUUCCUUUGUCUUUGGAAUUAUUGUGGUGUAGCAAUGUUUCUGGGGUGCAGCAUAUAAAUUUGGGUCUCCAAACAUUGUUAUACCUGAUGCACUCACAUGUCACCCUGAAGGCUGACCAUUGGCCAAUGCAGUGCCCCAAAGUCACUGCAUAAAAGAAAUAUUCUUUGAUUCUACUAGCAACAGAUUAUACGACAGUCUCCAAUUUACUACUGCCGCUGGAUAUUACAGACUGUGCAGACCAGGACCCCUUGCCCUGCCAGUGGUUAAAAUAUCACUUUCAUAAGCAUGAAGUCUAAUGUAUAAUAUGUAUAAUUUAUGUGAUGUAUAAAGGAGCAUGGUUUUGCUAGUCAUGGGAGGAGAAUUAAUUUUGUGAACUGAUUCCAGAACUUCUGGUGUUCAGUUCGUAAUAAACCGAGACUCUAUCACGUGGA